UAUAUAUAAAUAAAUAAGUAUAUAUGUAUAUAUAUGUGCAAUCAAAUAUUCAAACAUAAAAGAGAUAGGUUAUGAAGACUCUACCAACUUUCCACCCGAAAUCCACUUACGAACUCCAACCUUGAACGCCUGCUUACUGGAGGACUUCCUGACUUCCAAGGGUAGCCUAUUCCACAGAAGAAUAGAUUGGAUGUGAAAUGAUGAGUGGACAGUAUCGGAACUGUGAGAAGGACAGUGAAGAAGAAGAUUGUGAGAAGAACGACUUAUAGACCUAUGAUCAUGUUGUAAUGAUCCGAUUGAAACCGAAACCGAAACUAAUACAGACAACACAUAAUAAACUGAACUAAAAUAAAUUAUGACAUUAAAAUUGGCUUAUCAAUAGAUAAAUAAUAUGUUAAGUAAUGAUUUAAAAAACCUAUUUCUACUUUAGUAAUCUGGUACAUACUUAAUAUACCUAAUUAUAUUAUCAUUGGGCACUUUCGACGAAUCAUUAGAAUCUUUUACUUUGCUCAAUUUGAUUGGAUUCGGUCAAUCAAACUCAAGCACAAAAAAAAAUUGAUAACACUACAGUGAAAUUGAGAUACUAAUAAUUGUAUUGAAGACUUUUUUUUAUUUGCGCGCUUUGUGCUGGUCGACGUCACAUUGAACACUGUAUUGACAAACGUCUGUAAGGAGGCUGGGGACUCCCUUCGAGCCUCGGCUUUUUUGUACGGGGAUUCAACUUUACAUAAUAUGUACAUAUUUCAAUGUUCCCAUCAACUUGUGACUCUUUCACGCCAAAACGAUAGAAGGGAUCAGUAUAAUAUUUAGAACAGGGGUAGGUUGUGGUCUGGAAUAACACAUAAGUUACUUUUUAUCCCACGAGAACGCGGUCGCAGCCGCUGGCCGGCGCUAGUCGAAAAUAAAUAAAUCACCGAAAGGUAAUCUGCUAUUAAUGGUCAUACAUCUUCCGUAUCAUUCUCCAUCUCCAAAUCUAUUUCUUUGUUUGAUUGGCUGUCAGUUGGUCGAGGAUUCAAUAUCUAUUCAUUCAUUCUGAGUGUCUGUGUUACGUAUAGACAUAAACAAAUCAGAAGAAAGCAGCGAGGACACAGAGUUGGUGCGCAUGCGCGAAGAGCUGCAGUGGCUACAGGCGCCGCCACCCUCCUACCAGCAGGAGACGUCGGCCCCGCACUGCCUGCGCUGUCCCCUGUCGCACCGGUUGCUGCGGGAGCCCGUGUUCGCGGCGGACGGCUACACGUACGAGCGCGCCAACAUACUCGACUGGUUCCUGGCUGCCGGUAGCGCGGUGUCGCCGGUGUCGGGGCGGCGCCUGCUGUCGAGUACUCUGCAGCUCAACUACGCGCUGCGGGACCAACUUCGUGACUUUCUGCGUAGCUGAAUUACUUCGUAUCACUUCUGUUAUCUCCAAAUUUGCUGUACUACAAACUCGAGCCCCGUAUUCUUUAUUAAACUCAGAUAUGACACCACUUGGUGCACGUUGUUUUAUUCUGCUGCUCCUGCUACGAGUUGCAGGAGUGGUCAGUCGAUGUGAUUCAGAAUUACAUAACGACGUCGUUAGCUAGCACGUGCGAUGUGUAAUGUUGUUGUACGAAUGUUCAACACCCUCUUCAGAUAUAAUUAACCAACUAAAAACAUUCUGUAAGAAACUAGCCAAGUCUCAAAAGAGCCGCUCGUUCAUCUCUAAAAAGUAACGAAAUCUGAUAAUAAGAUGUUAUAGCUUAAAUUAAGUUGACCUUAAUGCAAAUACCUAACUUUUACCGAAAACAAAAACGUC